AUGACGAAAUCACAAAGAAAAAAAUAUAUUCAUUAUUUUAAAACCACUGAAUAUAAAGAAAAACUUCGAAUUUCAAUCGAAAGUAAUCUUAAAGGAUUUAUUUCCAAUAGAAAAGAUUUUAAAUUCAAACACUCAGUUGAACAACUUUUGUCUCCAUGUAAAAAAACUCGAGGAAAGCGAGAUAAAAUCACACGACCACAAAACGCAUUUAUCUUGUAUCGAAAGGAUAUUCAUGACGAAAUAAAAGAGGAACAUCCAUACGAGAAAUUAGACCAAAUAUCAAAAAUUAUUGGUGAAAGAUGGGCAAAUUCUUCAUAUGAAACAAAAAAUCGAUAUACUUUACUAGCAGAACUCGGUAGACGUGUUCAUCGUGAUAUUUUUCCAAAUUAUAAAUUUAUACCUAAAUCGAAAGAAAAUAAGAAGAAAAAAUCUAACAUUACACCUGAAAAUUUUGAUGAGAAAUUACAAUGGUUGCUGUCUCCAUCUAUUAUUGAACUUCGUGAAUCACAGCCUUCUUCAAAUGAACAUAUAUUUUCAUUCAAUAGUAACAUUCCUCAGGAAAAUUAUGAUAUUGUAAACAUGCCACAAGAGACACAGGUAAUAAAUGAAUCUCAAUAUUUGUGCUCAGAUAUAGAAAUUUUGAAUUUAUUUCAGUCGAACGAACAAGAACAUCUUUUCAAUUUAGACUUUUUUAACUAUGUUGAUUAUGAAAUGCAACCAACGGAAAUCUUACCAUUUGAUAAUUAUGAAAAUUUUAGCAUUGAUACAACUUUAUCACAAGAUUUCAAUAGUAAUUCAAUUGAAACUGUAAAUUCCAAUUCUUUAAUAUUAGAUUCAACUUUUAUUUUUGAUACAUUAACAAAUGAGCAAUUAAAUAAUUAUUUAUUCUUUUGA